AUGCUUGCGCAGCGUGCGUUUUCCGCGCUGAAUUCUCGCAGAACUUCGUUGUAUUGCGCACCAUUUCCGAGCAUUCACUCGUUUGCAUCCCUCAAGGUGCUGUGUGUUUCCGCCCUCGAGAGCUCUCGCCUCCAUAGAAGGAAGAAACUCCGAGCUUUCGGGACUGCCGCCGCUGUACGCCAUGGAAACGAUGUCGAUAUGUUCUUGGCGGACGAAAGCGUUUCUUGGAGUUCACUUGGAGUUUCAGAUUUCAUAUCACGCUCUCUAUACGAUGCUGGAUAUCAGAGACCCUCUCUAGUCCAGGCUGCUUGUAUACCGGCAGUUCUUGCCGGAGGGGAUGUGGUGAUUGCAGCAGAGACAGGGAGUGGUAAAACUCACGGAUACUUGAUCCCUGUCAUUCAGAGGCUAUUCGGAAUGCAAGAAAAUGCUUCGGAUGAUUCAAAACCGAAGCUUCAACGCCGAAUCUCUCUUGUUCUUUGUCCUAAUACAAUGCUGUGUGAGCAAGUUGUUCGAAUGGCUAAUGGCCUUUGCGACAACACCGGCCAGCCAAUUCUUGGAACCACUAGCCUCUGUGGUCGUCAGGGAUUCUCGGUUAAAGAACCGGAUGUUAUAGUGUCGACGCCAGCCGCGCUUCUAAACUAUCUCUAUGCAAUUGAUCCUGAGAAGCAUAGACGAGCUGAGUUCAUACGAUAUGUCAAACUUGUGGUUUUCGAUGAAGCAGACCUUCUUCUAUGCGGGAGUUUUCAGAACCAAGUAAUUCGCCUUAUAAACAUGCUUCGAUUCGACGAGAAACAGCUGUCUCGGAUGCAGAGUGAAAGUGAAGGAGCACAGGAUGCUGCUUGUUCUUCGGCGAAAUCGUCUGAUACUGAAGAGGAUGUCGAAGAUACGAAUGGCGAAUUGGCUGAUGACUCUGGGACAGAAUCGGAAGUUCGAAACAGAAAAGACUGGAGGAGAGUGAGACAGAUAUACAAUCGAAGUAAGCAGUACAUUUUUGUUGCAGCGACACUUCCUGUGAACGGAAAGGCGACUGCCGGGGGGAUUUUGAAACGGAUGUUUCCGGAUGCCAAUUGGGUCAGCGGGAGUUAUCUUCAUCAUCAAAAUCCCAGGUUGGAGCAAAAGUGGGUCGAAGUCACACCGGAAACACAAGUGACCGUGCUCAUCGAUGCUGUCAAUAGCGGAUCGAAAGCCGACGUCGAUUCCGGUUCUGGAGUCGUUCGAACAAUGGUGUUUGCAAACACCGUCGAAGCUGUCGAAGCCAUUGCCAAGAUUUUGACGGGAGCCAACAUCAGAUGCAUGCGAUACCAUCGCGACAUCUCCCCGGACGAGAGAUCGGAGAACCUUGUCGACUUCCAUCGAAACGGCGGCGUUUUCAUUUGUACCGAUGCUGCUGCCCGCGGCCUCGACAUCCCACAUGUUUCACAUGUUAUUCAGGCGGAGUUUGCGACUUCUGCAGUUGACUUCUUGCACAGAGUUGGCCGCACUGCCAGAGCCGGUCAGCCCGGGAUCGUUACAAGUCUCUUCACCGAUGCAAAUCGAGAUCUCGUUGCUGCAGUUCGUCACGCCAAAACGAUGGACUUGCCUGUGGAAGAGGCAUUUAGCAGAAAGAGAGGUUUUCGGAACAAGAUUAAGAAGAAGAGAGCAAAGCGAUACAUUGCAGGGGCAAUAAGCGACGACUCCGUCGUAGCUCCCCUGACGACGGCUUCGAGGCGUAAUUGAAGGUGUAAUCUCUGUAGUUUGUGAAUUCUAACGUUGUCGAGAGGUCUAUAAGUGUAAUAGCUCGAUACUCAUGUAAAUUAGGAUUUAUUUUGCGAGAAGCUUGGCUAGUUAAAGGUUCGAAUUUAAGCUCUAAAAUGGUAGCAGCCAUUUUGUUUUGAGAUGAUCAAGUGUAUAUAUGAAUGCUUAAAACCUCUUUUCCUUAUUGGUAAUAACACAGCCAUGACUUCUCA